AUGAGAUUUGCCGAUUUCGCCGUCGACCUAGCAGCGGUGCUCAGCGCAUCGCGCUCCGUCGCAUCUAAGCAUGUCGCUUUAAGAAGUCGCCAGCUUGAUAGCUUCACCAAAGCAUCCAGCCUGGCUCGACGAGCUCCUGUAGCUCCGGAGAACACCCGAACCGACCCUGUUCAUGAAGCAGAAGCUCCAGCCGAGCAAGCAGAGUCUCAAUCACCCGCAACAAAAGCACCACCGCCGCAGCCGGAAUCAAAGCCCAAUGUCACUCACAUCCCGCACACACACCCCGCCAGCUUCCAGUCUAGUGUCAACAAUGGAUCUGUCAACAAACCAGAUUCUGGUUCAGCUCUGUCUCAAUUGAGGCGAUCAAAUCCUUCGGGAUUUCCUUGGUCUGAUGCCUCGGCAUCGGAGGCAAAGCCGAAGGAGAACCGUCCUCAAGCUGGAGGCCAGGAGAGUAAGGGACCUGCAACAUCCGGUGCGCCUGUGUCAGAAGAGCUCGACGAUGUACCCCCAGAUGUGAACGUCAACAUCUUUCACAGCAGUCGUGCCGCUAGCAUGCUCGGCAAACAGGAAGAGAAACAAGCGGGCCAGGUGUUUGGAGCCCGUAAGAAGCUCAAACCGGUCGGCCUUCCCGAGUUCGUUGUCCAUGCCAAGCCGGCGCAGGAUACGCAGAAGGAGGAAUCACCAGCGGUUAAGCCGCAGUCAGAGCCCACCCCGAAAGCACAUCAGGAUGACACGGCAAGCGAGAAUACUACUCCCAAGGCUUCUACUAUCAACCCAGAGAUCGAGUCAGUCUCCCGACCUUCUCCAGUGGAAACGAAGAAGGAUGAGCCGCCGAUCGAGGCGGUUAUGGAAGCAGCUGUUGAUCAGCCUUCAUCUUCAUCUUACACAUUAAGAGAGUCCAAGGUUCCCGCCACGCGUAUCAGCAGACUUUGGAACUACGGUGGACUGGCAGCAGGAAUGAUGGGUGGUGCCAUCACCGAGAGCAUCGGCAGAGCCUUCGGUGGCAAGGGCGAGGGCUCCGUACUUCUCAGCGCCGGUAACAUGGAGAGGCUUGUGUCAAAGCUGUCCAGAAUGAGAGGCGCCGCGCUGAAGAUGGGUCAGAUGAUGAGUUUCCAGGACUCCAAGAUGCUUCCACUACCUAUUCAGGAGGUGCUGCAAAGAGUGCAGGACCGCGCCGAUUACAUGCCUUCGUACCAGAGAGAUAAAGUCCUGGUCGCGAAUCUUGGGGCCGAGUGGCGCAACCUGUUCGAGGAGUUCGAGGAGAAGCCCAUAGCCGCCGCGUCGAUUGGCCAGGUGCACCGCGCCACGCUGAAGAAUGGGCGUAAGGUCGCCGUCAAGAUUCAGUUCCCUGGAGUUGCUGACUCCAUCAACUCCGAUCUUGACAACCUCGGAAUCCUUCUGAAUGCUACCAAGCUUCUGCCGAAGGGCCUGUAUUUGAACAAGACCAUCGACAAUGCGCGACUCGAGCUCGGCUGGGAGUGCGACUACGAGAGAGAAGCGCAGUGCCUUAUCAAGUACAAGGAGCUGCUCGCCGGUGAAGAGGAUACGUUUCUGGUGCCCGAUGUUCACCUCGAAGCCUCGGGGAAGAAUGUCUUGACCAUGGACUGGAUGGAUGGCAUCGGUGUUACCAGGGUCAAGUCCUUCAACCAGCAGCAAAGAGAUUGGAUCGGCACUCAGAUCCUGCGCCUUUGCCUGAGAGAAAUCACCGAGUUCAAGUUCAUGCAGACGGAUCCCAACUGGACAAACUUCCUUUACAACGCCAAGACCAAUAAGCUCGAGCUUCUCGAUUUCGGCGCCUCAAGAGAAUAUCCGGAUGAGUUCGUCACCCAGUAUGUUCAGCUUCUUGCAGCGGCAUCACGAACCGACUACCAAGCCGUCAAGGAACUCUCCGAGAGCCUUGGAUACUUGACCGGUCACGAGAGCAAGACCAUGGUGGAUGCUCAUGUUAAGUCGGUGCUCACUCUUGCGGAGCCGUUCCUUGGUUCGGCCCCUGAGGUCUACGACUUCCACGACCAGACCAUCACCGAGCGCGUAAAGGCUCUUAUCCCCGUCAUGCUGCGCGAGCGACUUGCCCCGCCGCCUGAGGAGACGUACAGCUUGCAUCGCAAGUUGAGUGGUGCCUUUUUGCUCUGCGCCAGACUUGGUAGCAAGGUGAGAUGCCGCGAGAUGUUCGAGGAGAGCCUGAAGAAGAAUGGUUACACUGUCUAA